CCCGCAACCAGAAACCGGAGAAAAGCGUCCGAUUUCCCCGCGGCCAGACUGCGAUGACUCAGCAUGCAUUCCACCGCUUACAUCAUCUCUCCAACCCAGAUUCGGGUAAUUUCCCAGCUUCGUCCACCUCAAAGCAUUCCAACAAGCACAUUGUUCUCCAUUACUGUCGCUGAGAAUACACCAAGACCCCAUCUGAGCACCUCAAUAUUGCCUCGGAUAAUUCCCACUUGCACCUUCAUCUCAAAACCGAGUGCGUGAACUCGCACACGACCCCACACCGCAGCUACGACCGGCCAGGCGACCAGCCUCACCCACUUGCAGGGUUGAAGGUUAUACCUCCUCGCCUACCCCCGAUUCUUCCAGCGGGCUUCAGAAAUGACGGCCUCGGAAUCGACUCAGAUUCAUCGUCGCUCCUCCACACAACACUACCAAACAUUUGAUACCCCGCCGCCCAAGUCGCGUGGGAGACCCAAUUCCGGCCAGUCGGGGUCUUCAUGCGAUGGCUCGCACGAUCCAAACGACCGUAAUGACCAGCCUGGUUCAAACUCGCCACUGCCGAAGAAGCAGAUGGCUGUCCUCGCUAUGAUCGCCUUGGCAGAGCAAACCGCCCUCAAUUCGAUCAGUCCUUAUCUGCCUGAUAUGGCAUCGAGAUUUCCCGAGGUGGAAUCGAGCCAAGUUGGCGUAUAUGUGGGGACUAUAGCAUCGGCAUUUGCUCUGGCACAGUUUGCGACCAAUUACUACUGGGGUUGGCUGUCGGAUCGGAUCGGACGCAAGCCUGUGAUCCUGCUCGGGACAUUUCUCACUGCAAUGUGCUUCGUCGCCUUUGGGUUCUGCAAGACAUUAUGGCAAGCCAUAUUGGUGCAGGCAAUGAUGGGUGUGGUCAACGGCAACCAAGGGUUGGUAUCCACCUGUCUGGGUGAGAUCACGGAUCGGAGCAAUCAGUCACAGGCCUUCACCUAUCUCCCCGUGCUAUAUGGAAUUGGAGGUAUCACAGGCCCGCUUCUGGGAGGACUGCUGAUCUUUGAGCGCAAUCCCUUCACCGGCAAUAAAAGCACAUAUCCAUAUCUCGCGCCCAAUCUCGUUGCCUCCGCCAUCCUUCUUGUCGACUUUGUUUUAACUGCUAUCUUCCUGGAGGAAAGCUUGGAAGACGCUGACACAUUGCCAAAAUUCGGGAAAAAGGUUCGCAACCUGUUUACAUGGCUGUGGCAAUUCACUGGACUUUCGAGACACCCGACAUAUCUUCGACUUCCGCAAGGAACACUUCAAUCUCCUCUUCAGCGCAGCACUGCCGACAGCGAGGAUCAUGACAGUGACCUGGACUCGGCGUCGGAAGUGUCAAGCCAGCAAGGCCAUGCUGCAGAGGAGCUGACUUGGGAUGAGAUUUUCACAAGAGACACUAUUCUUCUCCUUUUGACUUAUCUGAUUUUUGCUUUCUGCAACGUUUCUUUCAAUUCACUUUUUCCGAUCUUCGCACAAGCUAAACCACCUGUGGGCCGGCAUCUUACCCCCUCGGAGAUUGGAUUGUCGCAAGGUUUUGCAGGCGUGGUGACGAUCAUUUUCCAAAUUUGCAUCUUCAACCGUUUGCGUGACAAGAUGGGCAACCGAUGGUCCUAUCGUGCUGGUCUAUUCGGUUUUGUGGUGUCGUUUCUUCUGAUGCCGUUCGUGGGUUAUAAAAGCCAAGACGGAGAGGGCCUGACUCGCAAGUCGGCCCUUAUGGCGGUGGAGUUGUGCUUCGUAUUGCUGGUUAAGACUGUUGCCUCUGUUGGUGGUCUGACUAGCGCCCUAUUAUUGGUCACUAAUUCGGCUCCAAACCAUGCCGUUCUGGGUGCUCUCAAUGGUCUCGCGCAGACCCUCUCUGCAGCCGGACGUGCUGUGGGCCCCUUCUUGUCUGGUGGCCUCUUCUCUUUAACAGCCAAGAUCCAACCCAAGGGUGAAGCCAUUGCCUUUGGAGUCUUUGGCGCCGUCUCUUUCAUCGGCUUCAUCAUGAGCUUUGGCAUUCGCGGCCGAUCUCUCGAGGCCGACGGCUGGAUCUCUGACAGCGACGAUGGCAACUACAAAUCAGAUGAUGAGGACGAUCAGAAUGGCGCUUGAUUGUGUGAUCCAAGCAUUGAGAUGCAAAACCCUGCCUAUAUGACGUGACGAUUCUUUGCUUUUUUGUGAGCCCUACCCGUAUUCGAAAUAUACAUUAUCAAUCCCGUUAAAAGAGGGAUUGACGAAGCAUUUAUAGCUGAGCGUGUCUUGAGUGAUGAGGUGUUUUCCCUUGUCCGUUUCUUUUCUUUUCUUUUUUUUCUUUCCUCCCUUUCCUCGGUUUCAUUGUGGACAUAGAGAGAUGUUUGUGAUUGCGUGGCUGUUUCGAAACUUGUACAGCAAUUAUUAGCGGUGGAAGUUUUCAUCAACUAUCCUUCCCUCGAUUAGGUGUUUCUGAAUGAAAAGUUUGCAAGUACCGAU